AUGGCAGACAAACUCAGCAUUGAAUUCGCCCUUAUACACCGGAAAUAUACUAACCACAUGCUCAUACUCGCUGCUCGGACGUUUCAUGAGAAAGGCGCCAAAACGACUCGCGUUCUUAUUUCGCAUGGACUCUUCGCAGAAGUCCACAUGGCUUCUUUGAACAGCCUUCUUAUAGAGCAGCGUGUGGUCACAAAUACCAUUCCCCAAAACGAGCACAAGGAACAAUUUUCGAAGUUGUGACCCUCGCCUCGCUUAUCGGCGUAACAUUUGGAGCACCUGUCGU